UUUUCUCCCGGUGAUUUGGCUACCUGAUGUUGGUCGCUUCUUUCGCAACGACGUAUAUAGCUCACCAUACCCCAUCGACAGUUAAGGUGCCACCUUCGACCUCUCCCUCGGAUUUGACUGAUCCAGUCCACCACUGGAUCUGACCGCCACUCGGCCAAUCAAGCGAGCCCACUUCCUUGCCAUUGCAGACCCUGCGCCUUGGGUUUUACCUCACCGUCUCGCUGGGUCUCCCAGUCCUGUGGUUCGGUACUCGUCUGUGUGACCUGCUCUGACUAUAAACUUCGCCAUCAACUUCAACCACCACGACUUCACGGGCGAUCAUCUUCCAUAUCGCAGACGACUGGUCAAUUCGUCUCUUUUUUCGCACUCACCUUUUUUAUUUUUUAUUUCAGUGUUUUACUUCCCCCUUCACCCCAUAGGUGGGACACGCCAACUCUGCUGCCCCUGGAGGAUAUAGAAGGCCAGACCCAAACUCAGUACAAACCAUCGAUCGAGAACGCAAUUACCGUCGACAGAAACAGAAAAAAACUACCUGCCGAUGUUGUUCCCGAAGUUCAACGACACCAAGCAACUAUCCCAAAUCUAAAACAUCACUAUAUACAUCUCGACUCGGAAAAACCCCACGCAACAUGUCUAGCCAAGGGGGCCCGAGACAGCCCAAUGAGGGGAAGCCCGAGGGCUUCGCGAAGUACCUGCAACGAAUGAGAACGGUGCUGAGGAAAAGCUCAUCCUCGAAGUCUGAAUCUGCGUCCAACUCGCAGGAAACGAGUGGACAAGCUUCGCCGACCAAGUCCGCGUCUCCGAAAACCACUGCUCCUGCUAAGGCUACUGCUGUCCCGAAAACAACUGCUCCAACGAAGCAUACGACCGCCAACUCUGGCCCCGAGCCGACCGUGUUCAAGCAUUGGGGCGCCAUUCAGGAGGAGAAGGCUCGUUCGCUGUUCGCCAAGUAUGGGUUGACGCUGGAACCCGGGGAAUGGAGGUCGCCCACCGACACCGAGGUCCAACGUGUGGCUAAGCCCAUUCGCAUGAGAGUCCGCCGCACCUGUCACCGCUGCCAGACCACCUUCGGCAUCGACAAGCUCUGCUCCAACUGCCAGCAUGUCCGCUGCAAGAAGUGUCCCCGCUACCCGCCGCAUAAGUCAUCGCAUGAUCACCAGACCGAGGCCGCCCUGCAGACUAUCCUCUCGCAGAAGGGCAAGGAGCCGACCGGCGUGAAGGGCAAAGAGCCGGCCGGCGUGCCGCGCAAGACGAAGGAGCCCCCGCUUACCCUCCCAUCCCGCACCGGCGGCCAGGACCUCAUCCGCAAAGAAGUCAAGCAGAGAGUGCGGCGCACUUGCCACCGUUGCUGUACGACCUUUGCGCCGGACGCCACGGAGUGUGAGAAUUGCAAACACACCCGCUGCAAGAAGUGUCCCCGAGAACCGGCGAAAUUGGACAAGUAUCCCGAUGGGUAUCCUGGAGAUGCGGAACCGCCUGCGGAACCGCCAGCACGCACGUGGAAGAAACCGCGUCUGCGCGUGCGAUACACCUGUCACCAGUGUUCGACCAUGUACCGGUCCGGGGAAAGGACAUGCUCGAAUUGUGGGCAGGAGAAAUGCCCGGAAACCAUACGAGACCCACCCAAGAAACAGAAACCAGAGCCCGACCCGGAUGUGGUGAGACGGGUGGAAGAGCGGUUGAAGGUUACGAUCAGCGCUGGUUAGGAAUGCAACUGGGAGCCGGUACUCUGGUCUCAAGCCGGUCUGUUUCCAUGGAUUCUCUUCUCAGUACAACAACACGACUUAGCGUCCACUCUUUUCUGACUACAAUACCAUUUGAUACAGUGGAGCAGGGAGCCUCAGUCCUUGUUUUGGCAAAACCGCCCAUCACAAAACGGCCUGUCUCAGUAGUUACCAGGAGAAGGAUGCCUGACCAAACCCGGUGUAACAAUCCACCUGCGUAGUUGUAAAACCAGACCAAACAAUCGGCAGCCCAGCUGUCAACGCUUGUCUAGCCAAAACUGAACCCACUGUUUCGGAACGAUAGUCUUGCUCUAAAAUUAUCCCCGGGGGUCUGGACACAGACAACCGAAUCCCUACAUGUAUUCCGUACUUCUACGUACCUACUAUUGGUCGAAAGAGCCCGAGUGCAGGUCGCUAACGGUGAGCUCUCAUAACUUAGGAAACCGUUAGACUCCACUGGACCUGUCAACCAAACCCUAAAGUGGCUCUACCUAUCUAAUUGAAGCGAUAGACGGGCUGGACGAUAAGUACAGCCAGGAAGUGGGGAGCGGGGACCAUAGCGGGAACAAC